CUAACAUAAUAGCAAGAUGCUAAUCGAGGUUAACCCCAAAUAAUGUCAUUAUCAUAGUUUAAACAAUAAAUUUAACUAAAUCUCAAUAUUGUACAACUAAUUCAAUACUAAUUCUACUUAUUAAUGUUGCAGAAAGUUUCGAUCAUUUUCAGUGAACAUAUUUACACUAUUUACAAGAAAAAAAACGUCUUAAUUAUUCACAAAUUCUUUACAUAGAAUCAUUUGUUUUCAGGUAGUAUUUUACCAUAUCAAAUUAAUUAUAAUCUUCCAGUAGCAUUAAUUUUAACGAUUUGCUAAAUGUCUUACGACUGGGGGUGUUUCUAAUAGUACUUGGCAGGAGAUUCCAUAAAGUAGGACCAGAAAAUAAAAUUGAUUGUUUUCCCAAAUUUGUAUUAUUUUUCUCAAGAUUAACAUUUCGCUUUUCUCUAUUUCUUGUAUUGUAAGGAUGAUCUAUAAAUGAAAAAUAAUCAAUAAAACUAUGUGGCAACCGAUUAUUAAUUAAAUCGUGCAUAAAUACUCCUAUCAAAUAUUGGUAGUGUUUGAAAAUAUCGAGAAUAUUUAGAUCAUAAAAUAAAGGAGCAGAGUGGUAAGUAUGAUGGUUGAACGUCAUUAUUCUAGCUAUUCGUUUUUGUAGUAAUAAUAUAGGGUUCAGGGUUGUUUUGCACAUCCCACCCCAUACUUCCAGACCAUACGUUAUAUGUGGUAAAAUAAAUGAGUUAUAUAACAUAACUAAGAUUCUCUUUGUUACAUAAUUCCUCAAUCUAUAAAGUAUUCCCAUUUUUUUGCUUAGCACAUUGCAGACAAUGUCAACCUGUUUCUUCCAUGUAAGGUUUUUGUCGAUACAUAUACCAAGAAAUAAUGUUGAUUCAACACCCUCUAAUAAAGUUGCUUUCAGUGACGAUUGUCCUGAUAUCAAAAUAUUUUUUCAUCUAUUUUUAAACAACAUAUAUUUAGUUUUCGUAACAUUGAUUGUCAAUUUGUUGGCAUUGCACCAUGAUAUUAUAUUGUUUAAAUUGAGACUAAUUUCUGAUAAAUCAAUGUGUUCAUCACAAUUGAAAGUGUGAAAUAAAUUUGAGUCAUCCGCAAAAAGUCGGAAAUUGAAAUAAUUUGAUGAGUUUGCCAAAUCAUUUAUAUACAACUAGAACAAAGUUGGACCCAAAACUGAUCCUUGUGGAAUACCGCAUGAAACCGACCUGUAUUUGGAAUUUACACCAUCAUAAUUAACAAAUUGCUUUCUGUUUCGUAAAUAAUCAUUAAACCAUUCUACUGCCAUACCACAAAUGCCAUAGUGUUCUAGUUUCUUAAUGAGAAUAGAAUGAUUAAUCGUAUCAAAAGCUUUAGCAAAAUCGAUGAAUAUUCCUACUGUCACCUUUCCUUCAUCAGUAUAUCUUGUAAUUUGAUUAAUAAGAUUUAUCAGCGAAAGUUUCGUACUGUAUCCAUUUCUAAAACCAUAUUGGUGUUUAUACAAUAUUUCAUUAUUUUCUAUGAAUUUCAUCAAUCGGCAUUCACUAGUUUUUCAAAUAUUUUGCUAAUCGCGGGUAAAAUUGAUAUUGGUCUAUAAUUUCCACGUAAUUCUUUAUUUUCCUUUUUGAAAACUGGUACAACUCUUGCAACUUUUAAUUUAUCUGGAAAAAUGCCUGUGGUAAAUGAUAGAUUGAAUAUAUGCGAAAGAGGUUUGCAAAUACAAUUCUCGCUACCCCAAAUAGCGCUUACGCCGAGAUCCGGGAAAAAUCCCUGUAACGCGCGUUGCAUUAUGGGAUAGCUUUUCGGUAUUACAACUUCCUGUUCGGAAGCCGCGCAGCACAUGCACGCCGAUCGUCGCACAUAUCAUAUGCAUAUAUCGUCUGCUUGAACUCGCUACUUAGCUACACUCUCCUGCCGUUGCAAAUAUUUUGAUGUUUAUUUGAACAUUUUGUGGAUUGUUUAUUAGUAUUAUUACGUCUGUUGAUUAUCAGUUACGAUAGUCUUCUUUUGUGAGGCUGCACAGUGCUGGUCUCAUGAUUCGAAGCGAAAGAACCCUGACAAAUGGGGAUGGAUGAAGGACGUGACCUGGGUGAAAUUUCCUACCGAUGCCAGCACACGAGCGAUAUGGCUGCGGUUGAUUCGCCGCAAGGACAAAGUGAAUCUGACGAAGAAAUCGCGACUUUGUUCGAGACAUUUUGAGAGAGACCAGAUUACUCCAGAUGGUCAUGCUAAAGGCUAUCCCAGAUACUUUUUUUGGAACAAUUUCGGUCUCAUUGGAGAAGAACGCCCCACCACAGCUAUUGAAAAGAUGGACACCGCCAGGGAAGUUUCAGCUCGACGUAAGCGGCAACAGACCGACUCUGAUAUCAACCCCACCAGUUCCCCGGUUGAAGCAGCCAGCUCUCGCCGAGUCUUUUCUGGGACCCUGCAUCACCCUGCACUAACUACAGAUGACAAUGUCAUCGGUACUGUUGGAAGUGAAGUUGAGGUGGAGUCAAGAUCAAAGAAGGCCAAACCUUCAAAGUCUUUUCUUGGACAUCAUGGCCAUGUUGGACGUAACAAAAUUCUGGCUAAAUUCCAAGCCCAUGCCUGGGGAAAUAUUUUUUUUAUGAAUGUUACUUGUUAUUUUUCAUUGAUAAUCUGUUUAAUAAUCCGAUUCUCUUUCUCUCUCGUUUUGUUUUUCACAGAUAUGGAUGCUCUUCCCGAAAACUUGUGUCAUUCCGAUCAACAUGACUAUUUGUCUUCGGUGGAGAUGAAACCAAUGGUGCAGGAAAUACAAACUCAAACUGAUAUGACGUGUGAAGAUAUUGCUUCUCUUGUAAAAGCAUCAACGAGGAAGUCCAAGAGCAGAGCAGAAGAUACUGUUGACUGCGUUCUCGACAGUGAUGAGCGGGUCAACUUUUAUACUGGGCUUGAAUCAAGAACCCUGUUGAAUGGUGUCUGGGAUAGCAUCAGUGAUGGAGUUUCAAGAAUGAAAUACUGGACUGGACCAGAAAGCAUGAAAGAAAAGCAGUACGAGAAGAAAGGUUACAAGAAACCAGGUCAACAACGCCAUCUGGAUCCUUUCUUUGAAUUUGUCAUGACAAUAAUGCGCAUCAGACUAAACCUGCCGCUCCUGUUACUUGCCGACCUUUUCAGCGUGAGUGCUACUUGUGUCACCAAAACAACAAUAACUUGGAUCGCAUACUUACAUCAGGCCCUAGUUCCAGCUCUGCUUAUUUGGCCAUCUCAGCUACAAGUGAGGAGUAGGAUGCCAUUUGACUUCAAGAAGUAUUUUCCAAGAACGCGAGUUGUUAUAGACUGCACCGAAUUCUUCAUUGAUAGACCAGCAAAUAAGAAGGAGCAAUAUCGCACAUACUCUCAAUACAAAAGUCAUAAUACCUACAAGUGCCUUGUGGGUAUUAAUCCCAAUGGAGCAUUCACUUUUGUGAGUGAUUUUUGGGGUGGAAAUGUCUCGGAUAAAUUUUUGACACAGAACUCUGGUUUACUUGAAAAACUAGAAGGGGAUCAGGUUAUGGCAGACAGAGGAUUUCAUAUUGAAGACCUGCUCUUGCACGUCGGUUCAACCUUGGUAGCACCGCCCUUUACUAGAAAAUGGACCUCAGGAAAGGGAAAACGUCUGAACGUCGAAGAAAUCAAUAGGACCAGACUCAUUGCGAGACUACGUAUCCAUGUUGAGCGAGCGAUUCAACGCAUCAAAACCUUUCGUAUUUUGAAACACCAAAUACCGCACUCUCUCAAGGAUAUGUCUUCAAUGUUAGUUCAGGUUGUCGCUGCAAUUUGCAAUUUGAAAGGCCCCCUAUUUUACAGUCAUGGAGACCCCAAAUCUGGAAAAUCAAAACGCAAGAAACAAUUGAAACGUCUUCAUUCGUCUCCAAGGAAGGGAAUUCCAGACUGCUAGGAUAUACCAGAACAGUACUCGUCCAUGCUUCAGUGAGAUGGAUGCACACAAUAUACCUACAAAUUAUGCUACUCUUAUAGAAUUUAUUUAGAGCAAAUAUCCUUGUAUGUGGGGGAUUCAGUACACAUUUGAUAAAAUUCAUGUCUGCUUGAGUUUUACUAGUUUGUCAUACAUGGCAUGCUCAAUAGACAUGUUUUAAUGUGCAUUGACUUAUUGAACUUGUUAAACAACCAGUGUUAUAUAGUACAUAUUUUACUUGCCUAAUGCCUUUGCUCUAUUUUUUUACCAACCCUACAUCAUUGUGUUGUUUAAUGAUAUAGAAUAAUAAUGAACUUAUUGUCAUACUAUUGAGAGCCAAAAGUUGCCAUGCUGCAUAUUGUUGAGCCUUAAAUAUAUAAUUAUGUAUAUACAAU